AAAUCUGUUUUAUCGUCUCCAGAAUCACCAGCUGUCUUGCACUUUUUAGCAGAGGGGUUAUUGAGAAGGGUGUGUGUUGUCAAACACCGAUGAUAAGAAACUUGCUUUCUAGGACCUUAUUCAGAUUUACAGGUUUGAUAAAACUCAGAUUCUAAAAACUGAAAUAUCACUAUCAGUAACAAAUAGAAGAUAUAGUCUUAAAGAAACCAGAUUGAUCAAGAUGACAAAAGCAACAUUUGGAUCCUGGAAAUCUCCUAUUUCAAGUAAAAGUGUAACAGAGAGUGCUGUUGGUUUGUCACAGAUAUCGGUAGACCAAGACAGUAGUUACACAGAUAAUGUAUACUGGGUUGAAUCCCGUGCAAAUGAAAAUGGUCGUAAUGCUCUGUGCACCUUUAACGUAACAACCAGGCAAAUCACAACAUUAACCCCUGUUGAUUACAAUGUACGGACGAAAGUUCAUGAAUAUGGAGGAAAAUCAUACGCUGUCUAUCAGGGAACAGUUUACUUUUCAAAUUUCACCGACCAAGCUCUUUAUGUUCAGAAAAAUGCAACAGACCCCGUUCCUUUAACAGAAAAAGACAAGGGGCUACGUUUUGCUGAUUUUUUUUAUUCUGCAAAGAAGCAAAGAAUUUAUUGCAUUAGAGAAAGCCAUGAACCAAAACAGGAAGCUAAAAACAGUGUAGUUUCUAUUCACCCAACUACAGGACAACAAACAGUUAUUGCCAGUGGAGCUGAUUUCUAUAGCGAUGCUCGAGUUUCUUCGGAUGGUAAACAAAUCUGUUGGAUUCAGUGGAUGCAUCCUAAUAUGCCAUGGGACAGCACCAAUUUAUAUGUGGCACAGCUGACAGAACCUGGAGAAACAGUAGUGGAGGGAUCUGUCAAGAAAAUUGAAACUGGCGAAAAUAACAGUAUUAUGGAACCAAAAUGGACGGCUAGUAACCAGCUAACAUUUAUCAGUGAUCAGUCCAAUUGGUGGAAUUUAUAUACCUUGAACUCUUCAGGUCAAAUAGUUAACCUUUUACCGCGAGAUAAAGAAUUAGGAGGACCAAAAUGGCAGUUGGGAGGUUCAGCUUAUUGUCUAGAUCCUAAAGGUGGAGAUAAUAUUAUAACAUCAUAUGGUGGGGCUCUAGAAAUAUUGAACACAAAAACUGGUAAAACAGAAGAAAUAAAUUAUACAGGAUAUAUAAAACAUAAAGAUAUAAACUGGUCAUCUAGUGGUUAUUUAUAUUGUAUAGCUGAUAGUGCUACACAGUUUCCAUCUGUUGUUCAGAUUGAUCUUAAUUCUAAAAAGGUAUCUGUAUUAAAAGAAUCAAGAUCUUUGUCGAUUGAUCAAGGAUAUUUUAGUUUACCAGAAGCAAUAACUUGGCAAACAAAAGAUAAACAGGUAUCACAUGGCUACUUUUAUCCGCCAUGUAACAAAGAUUAUCAAGGAACAGAUGGGGAGUUACCUCCCUUACUUGUUCGUGCUCAUGGUGGGCCAACAAGUUGUUAUGAUAAUAAUUUAGAUAUAAAACUGCAGUAUUUUACAAGCCGAGGAUUUGCUGUAUUAUUAGUUAAUUAUAGAGGCAGCACUGGGUAUGGUAAAGAAUACAGACACAGCCUCCGUGACAAAUGGGGUUUAUAUGAUGUAGAUGAUUGUAGUAGUGGUGCACUAUAUCUAGGUAAACAAGGUAAAGUUGACUGUAAUAAGCUGUGUAUUGAUGGUGGAUCAGCUGGAGGUUAUACAACACUAGCAUGUUUGACUUUUACAGAUGUCUUUAAAACAGGAGCCAGUCAUUAUGGUAUAGGUGAUAUUGAAUCCCUGGCUGCAGAAACGCAUAAAUUCGAAAGCCGUUACCUUGAUAAUCUAAUAGCACCAUAUACAACCGAGGGAAGAAAGAUUUUACGAGAAAGAUCACCAAUUAACUAUGUAGAUAGAAUUAAUUGUGCCAUGGCAUUCUUUCAAGGAGAUGAAGAUGAGGUUGUUCCACCCAAUCAAGCAGAAAUGAUGUAUGCAGCAGUGAAAGCUAAAGGAAAGCCAGCUGCUCUAAAGAUGUAUAAAGGUGAACAACAUGGAUUCAGAAAAGCUGAAAAUAUUCAAGAUGCUCUUGAUGGAGAGUUUUAUUUCUUUAGUAAAGUUCUGGGUUUUACAGCAGCAGACUCGUAUAAUAAUCUUACCAUUGAAAACCUCAAAUAGAAAUCCACCACCAUUGAACUGUGAACAUAAUAUACUCAAUUAUAUUAGUGCUAACCUUCAUAUCUUAUUUAAUUUUUUAAUAACUGUUAUUUUUGUUAGAUUUUUAAAACAUUUAACCAUUUAAUUAUAUUUCUGAGAAUCAUUUUGAUACUAAUAUAAAACAUAAUGUGAUACAGUAUAUGGAUGGCUCAACAUUUUGAGGUAAAUAGGCACACUGAUCAGCAAUGAAUAUUCGCUACACCGCUACCAUCACUGAUAGGAAUGACUUUGGUGUGGCUUAAUGAGCUGGCAAUAUUAACUUUUUUCUUUCUGCAAAUUAAAUUCUAGAACAUUUUUUUUUGAAGUAUUAGAAAAAAAUAUAAAUGAGUUUGAAGUAUAUCUGGAUAAAAAAAAUACCCUAUUUAGAGUGGAUGGGUGUAUAAAAUGAGUAAAACGCACGAUUCUGGAUGAACUUUAAACAAUACAUGCACCACUGAGUCAGUGAUUGCAGCCUUGUGAUGUGGUGUCACAUUAGAAGGCAGUCAUCUUAUACAGAGUUAUAAGAAGACUUUCGCAAUUCCUCUGUGAAACAGAUUAGUAAAGAGGAUGUUUCGGUGUUUGAUUUACACAUUUAAACCCACUAUUCUUAACAGAUUCCUAUGAAAUCUAAGAUUAUCUCUUUAUAUAUAUUUUAUUUGUUAUUCUGUUAUUGUACAGUUGUGAAAAAUAUCACAUCAAUGCUCUGUUUUGUAUUUUUGUACCAAGUUUUAUGAUCUUGAUAUUGUUUUUGUUAACGACUGAUUAAGAUCUAUAUUUACUGUACAUGUACCAGUAGUUGAUUUGUUAUCCUCUUAACGGUUUUCAAGUCAGAAAUUUGGUGCCCAACAAAUUUAUUUUAUACACAUUCCAGAAGCAGCUAUUUGAAUGUAAUAUUAAGUUGAACAAUCUGAUUGUACUGCUGAUAUAUAAACUUGUAAAAGAGUUAAAAUAUAUCAUAAAUAAUAUUUUUUGAAGAUCUUUGCCGAAAACAAGUGCUCAUUGAUUGAUAUUGCACAAUAUCAAUAGAUUAAUGUUGAAGAAUUGUAUAAUUAAAUUGCAAAAUGAUUCUGUGAUGUGGUCGUGAGGGAGGUAUCUGAAAAAUCACCCACCUACAGUCCCCUAAAAGGCCUUAUUUUCUUUGUUAAUUGCAAAUAGCCGAGUGAUAGGAAUCGGGUAAAGACCUAGAUUUGUAAUUUGUUUUAUUAGUUACAUAUUCUGUUAAUUAGAAUAAUAUCUAUACAAUACACAAUGUAAUUUGUUUCAUUACGAAUGUCCAGAUUCUUGUUAAACACAAUCAUUUCAUAUACAAAAUAUGUUAUUCUCUGUAUCCUGCUGUAUUUUGAUUUGAAUUCUGCAAAAGUAAAACCAGGAUAGUUCUGAGUUUUCUGACUUAUUUUGAAAGUAUGAAUACAAAUUGUUUACUAGUAUAAUCUUUUGAUUCAGUUGUGAAAUUAUUGGGUAGUUAUGAAUCAUGUCUUGUUUUAUAUACAUAGUAUUAUCCCAACCAGAUAGUAUUAUGCCCGAAGGAAGACAGAAAUGUCUACAAUUAAAUUAUAACCACUUUAAUUUUUAAUAAAAUAUAGUACAGUAAUGGA